CAAUGACGAACGCUGAGCAGCACAGCAGAACGAAUACGUAUCAGGAUCAAUCUCAGCUUCAGCAUUCAUUGGACCUCCCGAUCACCAGACGGCGCGACCUAAAUCUCCGCAGCGAGAGUGACGACGACAAGAACGGCCCUUGUGGCCAUAGAUCUUCUUUUCGCCUGCCAUGUCUCUCGUUAAUCUCGCCCACGUCUGCUCGCAUCUGCAGAAUGCGUCUCUCGCAAGACUAGGCCUUACGUCAAUACCGUACACGAAGCUUCAUCUAUCAUUAGCAUUACUUCUGCAAAAGCAAGGUUUCCUCUCACAGGUCAAACUUGGCGGUCCAUCACCUCCUGCUUCUGUCUUUGGACAAGGUCCACGCGAUAACCGCUCCCUGACAAACUACCCCCAUGGCGCUGCCGGGCGAAAUCGAUUUUCAUCAGAAGCAGCAUUGGCAUUGGUCGUGCGAAAAGAGUACACGCCAGCACAGCUCAAGGCAAAAGGAUUUGGAGACGAAGCUAUACAAUUCGCAGAGGAACACGGCAGGAGAACAAUUGAAGACUUAGAGAAGGCUGGAUUCGCACAGCAAGUAGUGCGUCUCAUCAAUGAGCUGAGAGCACAGUUCAAUGCAUCGGCAGAAGAACAAGAAGACCAGUAUCGGCAACGAAGAGAAGAACUAUAUGCGCAGGACGAAAACGGCUCAGCACAAGCAGCGAUCACAGAUCUUGAAACAAGUGUAGGAAAGACACGAGGGGAGCGCUAUGCGACGUGGGAAAAGAAAUUCAUUAAAUCCCUUUCGGCAAAACGCGCAGCGAUUUACAACACCUACAAAUCCCUUUCGAGGCAAGAGCUUCAGACCACAAAAUUCGAGCCCGACUUCAUCCGCUACGUCGCUGGCCAUGCAAAUUUAAUCACCGAACGAGAGCUCCGCCUUAAUGGUAUCACGGUUCAGGCGAUGGGUCUGCCCGUCACAAAUCAAAGCAUAACGCUCCCCGUAGUAGCAUAUCAGGAUCCUGCACACAUGGAAACCGAAGGAAUCGUGACCAGAGAGAAUCGUGCGAGUCGAAGAUUAUGGUUAGGAUUGAAGUACUACGAGAGCAGUCCUGUCUUGAGCAAAGCGAGGAUGAUUUCGAAGCCUACCAAGAGGAUAUGGCUUAACAGCCGAGAUCUAGGAAAGGUGGUGAGAGGAGGUCAGGCCGGCGAGGUCAAAGCUUUGACGAGAGUGGGCGAAAUCAUGGCCGUCAGCACAGACAAGGGAAUCAUGGAAGCUAGAGAGUGUGUGGAGAGGAAAAUUGGUGGAAUGCCGCUUUGUAGAGUCUGGUAGAAGUGAGGAGGUGUAAGAUAGGCCAGUAAUCAUCUCCGCGUGGCGAAAAUGGACAGUGCUCACGCGAAGAGAGAUGC